CAAGAUGGCCACCAAGACAGUGUGUAUAUCACAGACACAAACAAAACCGAUAAAAAUAAUAAAAUGGAAAGUUCGCGAGAAUCAAACAAUCCUCAUCGGUGGUAUUUUAUUUAUUUAUGAUUUUGAGGGGGCAGAGAAGCCCGAACAACGUAAAUUAAAGUCGUCUCAGGCUGGAACAGUUCAUAAGAUUGUGGCACAGGAAGGCUCCAUUGUUAAACCUGGUGAACUUUUAUUAGAAUUGAAAGCAUGCAGUCAUCCUACUAUUAUGAACGAUAUGUGUGGGGAAUGUGGAGCAGAUUUAAGAAGAGAUGACAUCGCUACCACUGCCUCCGUUCCAAUGGUUCAUACUAUACCUGACCUUAAGGUUAGCGAAGAGCUGGCACAAAAGAUAGGGAAAGCAGAUAAUGAAAGAUUAAUAAAGGAAAGAAAAUUAGUACUUCUUGUAGAUUUAGAUCAGACUUUAAUCCAUACAACAAAUGACAACAUUCCUCCAAAUAUUAAGGAUGUAUACCAUUUUCAAUUAUAUGGACCUAAUUCUGCUUGGUAUCACACAAGGUUUAGACCUGGGACUGAAAAAUUCCUUGUCAAUAUUUUUGAUUAUUUUGAAUUGCAUAUUUGCACUUUUGGGGCUAGAAAUUAUGCUCACAUGAUAGCAAUGUUUUUAGAUAAGAAUCAGCGAUUCUUUUCCAAUAGAAUUUUGUCUAGGGAUGAAUGCUUUGACCCCACCAGCAAAAAGGCUAAUCUAAAGGCCUUAUUUCCCUGUGGUGACAAUAUGGUUUGCAUUAUUGAUGAUAGAGAAGAUGUUUGGUCACAUGCCUUAAAUUUAAUACAUGUUAAGCCUUAUCACUUUUUCCAACAUACAGGAGAUAUUAAUGCACCACCUGGAUUGGAUAAGCAUGAAAGCGAUAAUAAGGAAGGUGUAGAUCUAAGUAAAAUUAAAGAAAAAAGUGAAAAAAUUAAUAAUGACAAAACACCAGAAAAAGAGGAAAAGGUGAUAAAUGGUAAUAUUGAAGCAAAGGGAGAAGAAAACGGUAUGGAAGUCACCACAGAAUCACCAAAAAAUGGUACUACCAUGGAAGAUAAUAAUGAUAAUAUUGAAAAAAAUAAUGAACUAGAUAAAGACAAAGAUAAAAGUAAUAAAAGCAAUAUUGAAAAUGAUUCUAAAAAAGAAGAAAGUACUGAAAACAAAGAGAAAAAUGAUCAAAAGGAAGACACAAAUAAUGAAAAGAAAGUUGAAAAUGGUAAAAACAAAAGUGCACAUGAAGAAAACACAGAUAAAGAUAAACCCAAAACUGAAAAUUCCGAAAAACCUGUAGAGCAAACAAAAAAGGAAAGCAAAGAAGAUGACUUAAUAGAAAUAGAUGACCCUGAUGACUACCUAAUCUACUUGGAGGAAGUUUUAAAAAGAAUACAUAAAGCAUUUUACGACGAAUUCGAUAAACUGGAGUCUGGUGAUGUCCCAGACCUGAAAAAAGUCAUACCAUCAGUCAGAAAUAAAGUGCUUGAAGGCAAAAAGUUGGUAUUUAGCGGUUUAGUGCCUACACACAUUAAAUUGGAACAAUCCAAAGCUUAUCAGGUGGCCAAGAGCCUGGGAGCCGAAGUUAGUCAGGAUUUAGAUGAUGACACCACACAUAUGGUAGCAGUGAGACCAGGAACAGCUAAAGUAAAUGCAGGAAAGCGACGAAAAAAUCUAAAAAUUGUCACGCCAGAUUGGUUGUGGUGUUGUGCCGAAAGAUGGGAACACGCAGAUGAAAGAGUUUUUCCCUUGAACAGUAAGGGUUCAAAAAACCGGCAUCCACCGCCCCAUUGCAGCAGUCCGGAGCAUAUUACAAACUAUCCUGUACACGACGCGCCAGGCGCUAGAAAAAGAACCGCUAGCGGAAGGUUCAUGGACUCCAUUAAUCCUCUGAUGACGUUUUCGCAGGACGAUAUAGCGGAUAUGGGAAAAGAGGUAGAUGAAGAUCUAUCAGACGAAAGCGACACAAGCGACAACGAAGAUGCAACCACUAAAAAAACGCCGAUACUAAAAAAAGAUGAUUCCGAAUCGAGUGGCAGUAGCAGCGAAGAAUCUCUGACCGGCGAAUACCCGAAAGGCUACAAACGGAAACGGCCGAACUUCGAAGAAGAAGACAACUCCAAGCUGGAUGACGUGAUUAACAGCGCCGAUGAAGAGGAAACGAUCAGCGCAAAGUUUAGGAGAGGCGAAAAACUGGACAGCGAUUUAGAAUUAGAACCAGAAGAAUCGCAGGGAAGCGAAGGCAGCAUUGAACCAAAUGAAGGCGACGACGGGGAAUGGAAUAUGAUGGGGGCAGCUUUGGAAAGAGAAUUUUUGUCGAAUAGUUAAAUUAUUGUAGAUUUGGUCGGUGUGGUCAGGAAUAAGUAACUAGUCUUUCACCAAGGGAAUACCAAUAAUUUUUCCUACUACUCAUAACAUUUGAAGUAAGGCAAUAGUCUACAACUGAUCACAAAUUUUGUGAAUAAUUUUGUUGUUAUAUUCUUAGUAACUGUUAGUAGCAGUUUUUUCAAAAUAAAUAUAAAUGUUGCUAAAAGGUAUUGGUUCUUUUAAAAAUAUUUGAACAUAAGUAAGAACUCUUUUAUUAACUUAAGGUAAACUUUUAAUAGUAAUUAACAUUACAAGAGACUUGUAAACAGGAUGAUUUAGGAUGAGGAAAAGAAGCAAUAUUUCAUAUUGUGAUUUAAAUUUUUUCAUUAUUUCCUUACACCAUAACUUACAUUU